AUGGCAGAUGCCCAGAACGUUUCGCUAGACAGCCCAGGGAGUAUGGGGGCUGUGGCAGUGCCCGUGGUCUUUGCCCUCAUCUUCCUGCUGGGCACAGUGGGCAAUGGGCUGGUGCUGGCAGUGCUGCUGCAGCCCGGCCUGAGUGCCUGGCAGGAGCCGGGCAGCACUACGGAUCUGUUCAUCCUCAACCUGGCAGUGGCCGAUCUCUGCUUCAUCCUGUGCUGCGUGCCUUUCCAGGCCGCCAUCUAUACGCUGGAUGCCUGGCUUUUUGGGGCCCUCGUUUGUAAGGCUGUGCACCUGCUCAUCUACCUCACCAUGUACGCCAGCAGCUUCACGCUGGCGGCUGUCUCGGUGGACAGGUACCUGGCCGUACGGCACCCGCUGCGCUCGCGGGCCCUGCGCACGCCGCGCAACGCCCGCGCCGCCGUGGGUCUGGUCUGGCUGCUGGCGGCGCUCUUCUCGGCGCCCUACCUCAGCUACUACGGCACCGUGCGCUACGGCGCGCUCGAGCUCUGCGUGCCCGCCUGGGAGGACGCGCGCCGCCGCGCCCUCGACGUGGCCACCUUCGCCGCCGGCUACCUGCUGCCCGUGGCCGUGGUGAGCCUGGCCUACGGACGCACGCUGCGCUUCCUGUGGGCGGCCGUGGGUCCCGCGGGCGCGGCGGCGGCCGAGGCCCGGCGUAGAGCCACGGGCCGCGCGGGGCGCGCCAUGCUGGCGGUGGCCGCGCUCUACGCCCUCUGCUGGGGCCCGCACCACGCGCUCAUCCUCUGCUUCUGGUACGGCCGCUUCGCCUUCAGCCCGGCCACCUACGCCUGCCGCCUGGCUUCGCACUGCCUCGCCUACGCCAACUCCUGCCUCAACCCACUGGUCUACGCGCUCGCCUCGCGCCACUUCCGCGCGCGCCUCCGCCGCCUGUGGCCCUGCGGCCGCCGCCGCCCCCGCUGCCCCCCGGGCGCCCGCCGCGCCCUCCGUCGCGUCCGCCCGGCGUCCCCAGGCCCCGCCGGCUGCCUCGGGGACGCUAGGCCUCGCGGACAGCUGCCGACGGGCGGCGGCUGGGGCGGGGAGCCGGGUCGGGAACCGGCCCGCGGCAGAGAGCCUGGCCGGGCCCUGCCUGCCCGAGGACCGGAAUAA